GACGUUUAAAGUCAUGUCGAAAGUGACUUAAAUAACAUUUCCUGUUGCUCCUUUUAACUCAACAAAACAAUUCGCAAUUGUAUUUUUGAGGUAUACCGAUAUAAUGUUGAAAUUAAUGCUCGCUGCGAAACUACCAUUCUUUGGUUCAACAGCAACCAUCAAAAGGCCACUGAUUGUCCAUGCCCGUGCAUGCAUCUGGUGGCGCCCCUUUGCUGCCAAGAAGAAGAAGAAGGAGAAGAAGGUACGCUCCCACGCCGAGCAGCUGGAGAGUCUGGCCAAGGAACGGGCGGUGAUCUGUCAGCAUAAUGUCUUCAUGGCGGACUUUGUUAAGCGUGUGCUGUCCGACAGUGUGCAGAUCGAGAGGCGUCUCAACAAGAAAUUAAAUGAUGCCAAGAAUUUGAGCAUCCAGCUGUUUUGCCGGGAUCUGCUGGACAUAUCCGAUGUGCUUGAACAUAUCCUAGAGUCAGUACCCGUGGAGAAGCGGCUGCACUGCGACGACUUGUUUUAUCUGUACGAAAAUCUAAAGCGGACACACAAAAUAUUGCAUCGGGUUUUCAAACAGUAUGGCUUGAAAGCCAUGGAGCCGCCCAUCUACGAAAAGUUUAAUCCGGAAAUCCAUGUGGCACUGUACGAGCAGACAGACCGCUCGUUGGAGCCACAAUCAGUGGUGGCUGUCAUCCAAUUGGGCUACAAACUCAACGAUCGCGUGGUUCGCCCUGCCCUAGUGGGCGUGUCCAAGCAUUAAGCGUCUACUGGCUUUCCUUUCAUUCUAUUCAAAUUUCCAGUGUAAUAUCUAUGUGUACUAUCUGUUUGGGAUGCCAUUUAAGGAGGUUCGGUUCGGUUUUGUUUGUUUAUGUAUCAAAUAAAAUAUUUAGGUGUCAAGCUUAGCUUGGCAACAUUGUA